AUGAAUACUAAUACUAUUACAGUUCCUAAAGCAGAGCUUGAUUUUUUAACUUUUGAAGAAGCUUAUACAUUCAUAGAAAACUAUGCUGCACAAACCAAUAUUGUUGUAAUUUUGACAAAAAUAACUAAAAAUAAAGAUGGUAGUGAUUAUAGACAAGUUUUUUUUGCUUAUAAAAAACAGGAGCAGUAUAAUAAACAUAAUUAUGAAAUUAAUCCAGAUUCUAGAAAGUUUAGUAGCAACAUGCAUAAAUUUAGUCCAAAUGAACUAGGCAUAAUUGAAGAGCUUCAUGAUAAUAGACUUCAAAUAAAAAACAUAUAUGCAGUUUUAGCUUCUAUUAGCUCAAAUGAAAUUCAUCAACAUUGGCAUGUGCAAUAUAAUGCAGAAGUUGAUCAUAUUCCACAGCUUGCUACUAACAUUUUCAAAAAGUUGCCAGAAUGUUAUCAUAAUGCUUUAUUGAAUAUUAUGCAAAGUGCUUCAGAAUAUAUUCUUAAAGAUGGCAAAAUGCCAAAGUUACAAAAAGAUUUAAAUAUUUUACAGCAUAAUAAUUUGAAUACUACUAAUGUUGAUGAUAUUACGAACUAUGAAAAAAUUAAAAUACCUGCAGUCAAGCAUAAUCAUAGUCAUUCUUCUAACAAAAAGCAUAUUCUUGGAGCUGAUGAAAUUAUAAUUAAAAAAAAAAAUUUAAAAAGGAUAUAG